AUGGAUGGAUCAGCUGGCCCGGGUGGUGGAAAUGUGAACGCAUUUCUACGGAACUAUAAAAUGGGAAAAACACUUGGCAUUGGGUCCUUUGGCAAAGUGAAAAUUGCAGAGCAUGUAUUGACUGGUCAUAAAGUCGCAAUAAAGAUUCUUAACCGUCGCAAGAUAAAGAACAUGGAAAUGGAAGAGAAAGUGAGAAGAGAAAUCAAAAUUUUAAGAUUGUUCAUGCAUCAUCACAUUAUACGUCUUUAUGAGGUUGUGGAAACCCCAACAGACAUUUAUGUGGUGAUGGAAUAUGUGAAAUCUGGAGAGCUCUUCGAUUACAUCGUAGAAAAGGGUAGGUUGCAAGAAGAUGAAGCCCGCAGUUUCUUCCAGCAGAUAAUCUCUGGUGUGGAGUACUGUCACAGGAAUAUGGUAGUUCAUAGAGACCUGAAACCUGAGAAUUUACUUUUGGACUCAAAAUGGAGUGUCAAGAUUGCUGAUUUUGGUUUGAGCAACAUCAUGCGUGAUGGCCACUUUCUCAAGACAAGUUGUGGAAGCCCUAACUAUGCUGCUCCAGAGGUUAUCUCUGGGAAAUUAUAUGCUGGACCUGAAGUAGAUGUUUGGAGCUGCGGUGUAAUUUUAUACGCACUUCUCUGCGGCACUCUACCUUUUGAUGAUGAAAAUAUUCCCAACCUCUUCAAAAAAAUAAAGGGUGGGAUAUAUACUCUUCCCAGUCAUCUAUCUCCUGGUGCCAGAGAUUUGAUACCAAGGCUGCUUGUGGUGGAUCCCAUGAAAAGGAUUACCAUACCUGAGAUCCGGCAACACCAAUGGUUCCAACUUCGUCUGCCGCGUUAUUUGGCAGUGCCACCACCGGAUACACUUCAACAAGCCAAAAAGAUUGAUGAGGAGAUUCUUCAGGAGGUGGUUAAUAGGGGAUUUGACAGGGAUCAAUUGGUUGAGUCCCUUAGCAACAGGGUGCAAAAUGAGGGUACUGUAACUUACUAUUUGCUAUUGGACAAUCGUUAUCGUGUUUCCACUGGCUAUCUUGGAGCUGAGUUUCAAGAGACAAUGGAUCCUGGUUUGAACCGUAUCAACUCCGGUGAAGUUGUUUCUCCAGCUGGUGGGCACCACUUUUUAGGUUAUCAGGGAGUAGGAAUGAGGCAACAGUUCCCUGCCGAGAGAAAAUGGGCCCUUGGGCUUCAGUCUCGAGCCCAACCUCGAGAAAUAAUGGUCGAGGUUCUUAAAGCUUUGCAAGGACUGAAUGUCUGUUGGAAAAAAAUUGGGCACUAUAAUAUGAAGUGCAGAUGGGUCGUCGGCAUCCCUGGUCAUCAGGGAGGAAUGGUGAACAAUUCUGUGCUUAAUAAUAAUUUCCUUGGAAAUGCCGGCAUUAUUGAGAGUGAAGCCGUUCCAAAAUCAAGUGUAGUCAAGUUUGAACUGCAGCUGUACAAAACUCAGGAGAAAUAUCUCCUUGAUCUUCAAAGGGUCGAGGGACCGCAGUUUCUUUUCUUGGAUCUUUGUGCUGCCUUCCUUGCGCAGCUUCGUGUACUUUAG